AUGGAAAAGUGUUUCUCCUCGGAAAGAGGUGUUUUUAGCUUAGGAGCAUUAGAAUUCUAUGGGACAUCAGAGUUUAGAAAAAUUUCAAAACAUAUAAUAAAUAAAACUCCUUCCCUAAUUAAGGAGAGUAAUAAAGAGAAUUCUAGGAACGAAUGCCUCAAAUUGGUUGAUUUUCUAAUACAGAAUAAAAAAGCACCACUUUACAAAAAUCAAAAUAAGUGGGAAGGAACAGUAAAAUAUUGGGCAACAUCUUACUUUAAGAAGAUAAAUAAAAAUUAUGGAGGAUGUUUUCCUAUUUUUGAUGAUAAAGAAAAAAACAUUUUAUUAUUAAAUUAUGAAGCACUAGAUUUCUGCGAUGAAAAUAAUAAUAAAAUAAAAGAAAUUCCAUGUCAUACAGGAUUACGUAAAAUUUCAAGUGAAUGUGAUGAAACAUGUUCAAGUAAAAUUGAUGAAUAUAAUGCGUGGAUUAAGGAAAAACGUAUGCAUUUUAGUACACAGAAAGUGCUCAUACAAAAUAAUUGCAAAAAUCUACAGCCCCCAUUUCCAACAAAAAAAUGUGACAUACUUAAUCCUAGAACAUUUCUCGAACUUCCUAAAUGUCCAGUUAAGCAUGCAGUUUCACAAAUAUCUCCUAAAUCCUCAGACAAAAAAACAAUUCCUUCAGAUGUUGAUCAAACAACAGAUAGCGCUCAAUCUGAACUUCAAGUUUCACAGAAACAAGACUUGCAUAUUGGACAUGUAGAGAAAGACAAAACUGAAGUAAAAACUCAACAAGAACAGGUUCAACAGGAUCUUGAACCUCAAACUGGUGCACUACCUUCAACGGAAGCUUCAAGUACUCAAGGUGACAGCAAGGAUAUUCAGGAUCCUCAACCUAAAAACGAACAAAUAUCAGGAUCUGAAAUUAAAGAAAGGAAAUCAUACGAUGAUACACCAUUUUCUCCAAAUACGGGAGCACUGGAAGACACGAAUGAUUCUAAAGCUAUUUCUCCAUCUACUUCAAUGGAAUACGCAUUAAUAGGGAUGUUUAAAAAAAAAAAAAAUAUAAAAAGAAAACAAAUGAAAUUCCUUAGAAUAAAAGUACCUUCACGAUUUGAUAAAAAAAGUAAGUUUUUCACAGAUGAUCAUUUAGAACGCGCAAUAUAUGAUGAUGAAGAAAUCAUAAAAAAAAUUAAAAUAAAUGAACGUACAAAAAAAGUAAACUUGUCGAAGAAAAAAAAAGACAGAUCCAAAAUCAUAAUAGAAGUACAUAUGGAAGUACUCGAAGAAUGCAUAAAUGAAGAUUGGGAAAACCACAAAUACGAAUUCUUAGAAAUAUGUAUAGAUGAGUUCACAAAAAAGGAUUAUACAACCUAUUCCAAUUUAAAAAAUGAUGAUCUAAUAAUAGAAAAUAUUAAAUGUAUCAGUGAUAUUAAAAAGCAAAAUAUUCUAUGGAAUAAAUGGAUACAAAGAUAUAGAAAUCUUUCUCAAAAUCUGAAAAAAGACGAUUGGUUUAAUAAUUUGAAGGAUGAAUGGAAAAGAGAAGUAGCUUACAUACAAGAAAUGGAAGAAAUAAAAAAGAAAUCUUCAAAUGAAAAUCAAAAAGUUUCAUAUUUAGAAAGAGAAAAAGAUAUAUGGAGACAGUGGAUAUCAAAAAAGGGUAUGAUUAUACAACAACAUCUUGAUCAGUACUGGAAUAAUGGAUUAGCAGAGGAGUUGCAGAAUAUCUCAGAUGAAUAUGUAAAUGAAGAUACUAAAAAAUAUGUAUCACUAUUUAAUGUAGAAGAAUUGCAGCACAAAGAAAAUUAUGAAGAAUUAUGUAAAUAUAUAAAAAAAAAAUUAUUAACAAAGUUUUGUAUUCUCGUGCUUAUAACAGUAUUAGAAGAAUAUAAAAAGGAGGUAAACCUUGAAAAUAGGGAAUCAUAUUUGGAUAGAUCCAUAAAUGAAUGGAAAGGAGAAGGAUAUUCAAGUAAAAAGCAAGAAAUUACAGAAAAUAUAAUUGAAUAUAAUAAAAAUGAUAUAGAAAAUAAAAGAAAUGAGGAAUUUGAUGCUCAUAUAUGGAAAGAUAGUUUCAGGAAUGAGAUAGAAGAUUGGAUAAGAGAAGAUGACUUAUAUGCAAAUUCUAUAGUUAGUGAUAGAACAGUAGACAAAUCGGAUGAAAUAGCAGAAAAACAGUUUCUAUAA